GCGCGGCGGGGAGCGCUAAGCGGGGGCGGCGGCGCCUGCACCGACACCGGCCGACGACAUGAACCUCGAGCUGCUCGAGUCCUUUGGGCAGAACUACCCAGAGGAGGCCGAUGGGACCCUGGACUGUAUCAGCAUGGCCCUGACCUGCACGUUCAACAGGUGGGGCACCUUGCUCGCGGUUGGCUGCAACGAUGGCCGCAUUGUCAUCUGGGACUUCUUGACGAGGGGGAUAGCGAAAAUCAUCAGCGCACACAUCCACCCCGUCUGUUCUCUGUGCUGGAGCCGAGACGGUCACAAGCUUGUCAGCGCCUCAACUGACAAUAUCGUGUCCCAGUGGGACGUCUUGUCGGGAGACUGCGAUCAGCGCUUUCGGUUCCCCUCACCCAUCCUGAAAGUCCAGUAUCAUCCCCGAGACCAGAACAAGGUGUUGGUCUGUCCCAUGAAAUCAGCCCCUGUGAUGUUAACGCUGUCCGAUUCCAAGCACGUGGUCCUCCCUGUGGACGAUGACUCCGACCUAAACGUGGUGGCAUCGUUUGACAGGCGAGGAGAAUACAUCUACACCGGCAACGCCAAGGGGAAGAUCUUGGUCCUAAAAACAGAUACUCAAGAUCUCGUUGCCUCCUUCAGAGUGACAACAGGAACCAGCAACACCACAGCCAUAAAGUCAAUAGAGUUUGCUCGGAAGGGAAGUUGCUUUUUAAUAAACACAGCCGACAGAAUAAUCAGGGUGUAUGAUGGAAGAGAAAUUUUAACCUGUGGACGAGAUGGAGAGCCGGAGCCUAUGCAGAAGCUGCAGGAUUUAGUCAACAGGACCCCGUGGAAGAAGUGCUGCUUCUCUGGGGACGGAGAGUACAUAGUGGCAGGCUCGGCCCGGCAGCACGCCCUGUACAUCUGGGAGAAGAGCAUCGGCAACCUGGUGAAGAUCCUCCACGGGACCAGAGGAGAGCUCUUGUUGGACGUGGCGUGGCAUCCCGUCCGACCUAUCAUAGCAUCCAUUUCCAGUGGAGUGGUCUCUAUUUGGGCUCAGAAUCAAGUGGAAAACUGGAGUGCCUUUGCACCAGACUUUAAAGAGCUGGAUGAAAAUGUGGAAUACGAAGAGAGGGAAUCAGAGUUCGAUAUCGAAGACGAAGAUAAGAGCGAGCCAGAACAGACAGGUGCGGAUGCGGCAGAGGACGAAGAGGUCGACGUCACUAGUGUAGAUCCGAUAGCCGCUUUCUGUAGCAGUGACGAGGAGCUGGAGGAUUCUAAGGCUUUGUUGUACCUACCCAUCGCUCCUGAGGUGGAAGACCCGGAGGAAAAUCCCUACGGGCCCCCACCCGACGCAGUGCAGACAGCCCUGAUGGAAGAGGGGGUCUGCUCGGAGAAGAAGAGGCAGUCUUCAGUGGAUGGACCCCAGCCACCAAAGAAGAAACCCAAAACAACCAACAUAGAGCUGCAAGGAGUCCCUAACGACGAAGUCCAUCCACUCCUGGGUGUGAAAGGGGAUGGUAAAUCCAAGAAGAAGCAAGCCGGCCGGCCUAAAGGAUCUAAAGGUAAAGAGAAAGAUUCCCCAUUUAAACCGAAACUCUACAAAGGGGACAGAGGUUUACCUCUGGAAGGAGCAACGAAGGGUAAAGUGCAGGCGGAGCUCGGACAGCCUCUGACAGCAGGGGGUGCCAUCUCAGAACUAUUAUGAAGACAUUCUACGCUCACCCACUGCUCUCUUCUCAACCCUGCUGCCCACAGCAGACUCCGGACAUUGUGCUUUGUCAGAGAACAGACUGACUUUAAAACAAACCAGAAAGACUCCUAGCUCCUUCUCAAACGGUGAGAGGGAGCAGCUCUUUCAGAAUGAAGUAUGGAAGCGGAAUGUUACCCCAUCCCAUUCUUUCAGAAAGUAAAAGCUGACACGGACUUUAGGAAAGAAGAUUUCAGAGACCUUGGAAUCUCCCUUCUGGUUUGCUGACUUGCGUAGACUUUUAAAUGCUUAAUUUGGUCGCUGGAGAAAUCGCCAUCCUUUUGUUCGCAUGACCUUACAUGAGUUUUCCAUUCAGAAUCUGCCCUCUGUUAUCCCUUUUGCGCACUCAGUGCCUGCCAUUUUUUUAAUAAGUGAAUUGUCAUUGUGUCCUAUUUCCGUGGCAGUCCUCUAGAAGAAAAACUGCCCUCCCUCCCCAUCUCCCAUUCUCUACUUCCUCCAAUUUUUUAUCCCAACUUGUUUGGUCUUCUGGGUUUCCACCCUUAUAUGGAGAAAGUAGGAGACAAGAGUGCUGAAACCUGAACAGCACAGAAGGUUGUUUGUCCUUUUGUAAAGGGAAGAGGAUAAUAAAUCUAUCCCAGCUAACUUUUUGCCCAAGAGGGUGAAGAGAAAAUGUUUCUUUUGCUCUCUCUCUUUUCCUUCUGGCCUCUCAGCGUCAGUUCAGGCUCACUAAUCAUGUUUCCUGAGGACAGCUGGCUUCAUUUGGGCCCACUUAUUGUUGCUCUGAAUUCGUGGUUGGAGAAGAAAUCAAAAGACCUGCGUCUCCAGACAUUCUUUUUCCUCCUUUUAAAACAGAAAAUAAACAAAUGAAAAAGCAAUGCAGAGUCUAGGACAGAGCUUUGAAAAAUCAACCCACCCAAAGCUCGAAUCCAGGAUCAAGUUGAAACCGUAUGUGUUUUUUAAAUGUCACCCUCUUUGAGCUGUAUUCCUCCCGUUGAGCCACAUUCUUUCUAAAAACGCUGUCUUGGCUCUUAAGACUUUCCCUGCAGCUCAGGAAGAAGCAGUGAAUGAAAUAAAUGAAUAAAUAUGGCACCUGACAGAGAAAAGGCAUCAAGGAGCCCUCUGAGAAAGCUGGGCAGGGUAGUAGGGCUCAGGCCGUUUUAUAUCACGUCCUUUCCCACAAGCUUCCAGUUGCUUGAAUGAGCAGGUUUUGGGGCCAGAUUUUCCCCGAGAACCUCACAGGCAAGCAGCUUUAGAAGUGCAGGUUCUGGAGCAACAGAGCCAGCAGGGAGGUGAGCGAUGGUUUCUGUUACUGGAUCGGCAAGCAACAACUGGAAAGCUAAGAUGCUAGGAAGACGCUCUUCCCCCGGCACUUAAACAGUCCCAGUCAGUCCCCCCAGCCCCUCCGAGGCUGGCUCAGAACAGUCCCAGCCCCAAAUAUCACCUUCUGUUUCCUGAUACAGCUUAAUUCUUCACACCCCUAACAGAAGCCUGUGGGUUAGUGGAGGGAUCCGGGCCACGUUCUCGUGGUACAAAGUCUCUGAGCUUCAAACACGAGAGAAGCCAGAAUUUGGAACAGUGGACACAUCUGGUCCCGGCCUUGCCUUAGUCGGCCCCUCCCAGUUCCUCCAUGAGUUUCUUUGCCUUUCCUUCCCCUGAUGAUCUACACUGGCCUUUGCCACUUUUCCUCCCAAUCCCUACAGGCCCUGAGAGCCUCGACCUGGAAACAUUUAAUCAACAAGUUGUUCAGGUGACGGCUUUCUGGCUUUGGUUUUUUAAUUGUCCCCAACUCCCAAAGACCGCUGUUUUCUGUCAAAGUCGUCAACAUCUGUACAGUGUAUGUGUAUAUUAUCGCGUAGUUUUUUUUUUCAUGACUUUUGUUGGUUUUAAAAACGCUGUAGUUUUUGUCCCACGUGAAGGUGGUCUGUUGGGUAGUUCUUGCUGGGGAGCCAUAAAAGUGUGAACAUCUCUGCUUUGUAAAUAAAAACGGCUGUUUUACUUAAUGGA